AUGGACGACAAGGCAGAAAAAUGCAAGGGUCGGGAGGAUGGCAGCAAGGAAUGGCCUGAAGUGCUGCGUUCCAGCUUAUUCGAGCCGAAGUCGGUGGCGCAGAUGCAGGGGGAAUACAGGAUUUCUCAGCCAUACCGUCACUUGGUCAUCCCUGAUCUCAUGGACAGCGAGGUUCUGAAGACAGCUUGCGAAGAACUCAAGAGCAACAUGCAGGCCACGCUGAAGGAGACGGACAUUUUCAAGGUGUACCAAACGGGCGAUCUUGCCAACAUGGAUGGUCUUCCGGAGGAAUCGAAACGCCUCCUUCCGUCCCUGUUCGCGAUAAGGGACAGCCUCUACUCGCUCGAGUUCCGCCGGCUGGUGCAAUCCCUGACGGGAUCCGGGCCCUUGAGCGGGCAGCAGAUCGACCUGUCCGCCAACGCUUUCGGCCACACCGGACACCUGCUGUGCCACGAUGAUGUAAUCGGCACCAGGAAGGUUUCUUACAUCCUCUACCUCGUGGACGAAGAUUGGGGGUCUUCGGGAGACAAACCGGACGGUGGGGGCCUGCAGUUGUACCCGCUCGACAAGGAGGGUGUGCCCGGAAUCCCCGCCUUUGCGCCGAGCAAGACCAUACCACCGAGAUGGAACCAGAUGGUUCUCUUCGCCGUCCAGCCCGGGAGGAGCUUUCACGACGUGCAGGAGGUGUACAACGAGAACAAGCCCCGCCUCGCUGUAUCCGGCUGGUUUCACGGUGCCCUCGAGACAGAGAUGACCGAUUGGCCGGGACACACUUUCGAGCCCGCAAAGGGCAAGAGCGACGCCGAAGGCAAUAGCGGGGAGACGGCGGCGUCAACGCUGGAGCAGCUCAAGGGCGCGGCACGGGGAGGGGGGCAGAGCGGCGAUGACGGGAAGGGCGGGGAAGGUGGUUCGUCGACGGGCGACGCCUUCACGGAUGAUUUCGUGGGAACAUAUGGGUACGAAGCGAUGCGUCCCGCGCGGAGUCCACAAAUUGGACACGCGCACAGGCGAGCGUAA